ACGAGCGGAAACAGUAUGGGAGGAAGCACACACCAAGAUCUCCCAAGCAGUUCGUAGAUUUAAAAAAAAUGCCGAUAGACGGCGGAGGGAAAGUCCGCCGCUCCAGGUAGGGGAUCGAGUAUGGCUCUCCACACGGGACCUCCACCUGCACCUCCCCUGUCGAAAACUCACUCCCAGAUACAUCGGUCCAUUUCCCAUCCUUGCACAAGUAAACCCGGUCACUUUUAAGUUACAGCUACCUCACCACAUGAAAAUUCACCCUGUGUUUCACAUUUCUCUUCUCAGGCCAGUGAUUCCGGGACCCCUAGACGGAGGCGUCGCAGAGCCUUCGAUCCCCGGGGCUGUGGAAAUAGCGGGUGCCCCGGCGUAUCGAGUAAAAGAGUUGUUGGACUCUCGGAGGAGAGGGGGCUCCCUCCAGUAUUUGGUGGAUUGGGAGGGGUACGGCCCGGAGGAAAGGAGCUGGGUCCCGGCUCGGGACAUUAUGAGUAGGGAACUCAUAACCGAUUUCCAUCAAGCCCGGCCGGAUCGCCCAGCACCACGACCUCCGGGUCGACCCACCCGCCGGCAAUUCCAUCAGGCCGGACUGAGAGGCGUCUGCAGGAAAGGGUCCCGGCCGAGGUUUUCUAACUGCCGCCGUCACGGUCAAGUUCAAAGCUGAGUGACUCUCAGUACGCCGGGG